UGAAAGAAACUAGAAACGAUGAGCAAUCACUUUCUGAAAUGGGUUUAUGCAUUAUUAGUGGUGCUUAUUAUGUUGUAUUAUGCAGGAUUAAUCCAUGGGGAAGUCACAUGCAUAGAGAAUGAGAGGCAAGCACUCCUCCGCUUCAAACAAGGCAUAGAUGAUCCCUGGGACAUGCUGUCAACAUGGAGGGACAAUGAUUGUUGCAAAUGGCAGCGAAUUACAUGCAGCAACCAAACUGCUCAUGUACUCCGCCUUUAUCUCCGUGGAUCAAAUUCACAUUAUUUAUCUGGUCAACCCAAUAUCUCCACCUUGAUUGACUUGCAAAAUCUUCAACAUUUAGAUCUCAGUUCCAAUAGUUUUCUUGAUAGUAAUAUCUCAGAACACAUUGGCUUGUUGACCAAGCUUCGACAUCUCAAUCUGUCAUAUUUCGAGUUUCAUGGGAGUAUUCCUUAUCAACUAGGCAAGCUUACACAUUUACAGUAUUUGGAUCUCAGCUACAACUAUGUUGAUGGAGUUAUCCCAUAUCAACUCAAACACUUGAGACAACUACAAUAUCUCAGUCUUCGAGGGUAUCUUGAACUUUCAGGAGCAAUCCCUUUUCAAAGUGGUGAUCUUCUAUUGCUGCACACUCUCAAGCUCGGUGGUGACUUUGAUCUUGAAACUAAAGGUGCAGAAUGGGUGUCUAAUCUCUCCUUUUUAAAUACUCCUGACCUCACGUCAAUGAGUCUUGGCAACUCCCACAAGUGGCUUCAAAUGAUUCGUAAGCAUAUUCCAAACUUAACAGAGCUGAGGUUGUCGGAUUGUAGUCUUUCUGAUAAUGAUGUUCAACUUUUGUUUCAUAUUCAUUCUAACUAUUCUUCCACUACUCCCCUUACCAUCCUUGAUUUCUCUUAUAAUAUGUUGACAUCAUCCACAUUUCAGUUGUUGUCCAACCUCAGCUUUAACCUUCGGGAGCUUUAUCUUUCAUCUAAUAAUAUUGUUUUGUCACAAUCUCAUUACCCAAACUUUCCUUCUCUAGUGAGCCUUGACCUUUCUUAUAAUAAUCUCACUUCAUUAGUGUUUCAAGGAAAUUUCAACUUCGGCUCCAACCUUGAAAUGCUUGAUUUGUCAAAUUGCAGUCUUACGGAUACAAGUUUUCUCGUGUCAACUACUUCCAUUGUGAAUUCUUCAUCUUCUCUUGUUAGCCUUAAUCUCAACUUUAACCUGUUGACAUCAUCAAACAUAUUUCACUGGAUCUUCAACUUCACAGCCAAUCUUCACACCCUUUCUGUUGGUUACAACUUGUUAGAAGGUCCUGCUCCACUAGGUUUUGACAAAGCAAUGAAAUCUCUUGAAUAUCUCUAUCUCUCUGAUAACAAUCUGCAAGGAGAGAUUCCCCAUUUCUUUGGAAACAUUUGCACACUACAAUCACUCUUCUUGUCAUAUAACAACUUGAGUGGGGACUUUUCAAGAUUCAUUCAAAAUUCAUCAUGGUGCAACAGACACAUAUUUCAGGAGCUAUACUUGUCUUACAAUCAAAUCACUGGCGUGAUACCUAAAAGCAUCAGAGUGUUUUCUGAGUUGGAAUAUCUGUCCCUAGAAGGGAAUUCUUUGAAGGGUGAAAUUACUGAAUCACAUCUCACAAGCUUUUCCAAAUUAAAAAAAUUGGUGUUGUCUUACAACUCAUUAUCUCUAAAGUUUGUCCCCAGAUGGAUUCCUCCUUUUCAGUUAAUAUCUUUGAGUCUAGCAUCUUGCAAGUUGGGUCCUAACUUUCCAAGUUGGCUACACACUCAAAAUCACUUAGAUUAUCUGGAUAUUUCUGAUGCGGGGAUUCAUGGGUCUGUACCAGAGUGGUUUUGGUAUAAGUUCCAAGUGGUAGGAUAUUAUUUGAAUAUGUCCCACAACAAUUUUCUAGGUGCUAUUCCAAGUUUACCACCAAGGUUAUCCGUCCCCGGAGCAUAUAUAGAUUUGAGUUCAAAUCAAUUUGAGGGUACAAUUCCAUCGUUUUUGCAGCAUGCAUCGUGGUUGAUUCUCUCUGAAAAUAAAUUUUCAGAUGUGUCAUCACUGUUGUGUGACAACAGCACUACUGCUACAAGCUCGCUCGUCAGUCUAGAUUUAACAAACAAUCAAAUAAAUGGACAACUUCCAGAUUGUUGGGGAUCUGUAAACACAUUAUUGUUUCUUGAUCUAAGCAAUAAUAAUUUGUCAGGGAAGAUCCCACCAUCCAUGGGCUCCCUUAACAAAUUGGAAGCUUUGGUCUUAAGAAACAAUAGCUUGAUGGGAGAACUACCUUCAAGUCUUAAGAAUUGCACCAAUUUAUUUGUGUUGGACGUGGCAAAAAAUUUGUUGUCUGGGCCAAUUCCCUUUUGGAUUGGUGACAACCUUCAACAAUUGAUUCUCUUGAGCAUGUCAGAAAAUCACUUCUCUGGAAAUCUUUCUAUGAAUCUCUGUCACUUAGAGCACAUACAAGUGCUGGAUCUUUCCAGAAACAAACUAUCAGAUGGAAUUCCAACCUGCAUCAAGAAUUUCACUGCAAUAUCCAAAAGGAGGAUUAACAUAACUCAAGUUUGGAGUCGUACUCACUUUUACGGAUCUGGUAGUCUUGGUCAGUACAUUGUUAACAUAACUUUAAUCUGGAAAGGUGUGGAAAACUGGUUCAAGGAUCCAGAGUUUAGUCUUAAGGCCAUUGAUCUCUCUGGUAAUCAUUUAACCGGUGAAAUUCCAAAAGAGAUUGGAUAUUUGGUCGGAUUAAAUGAACUGAAUUUAUCAAGAAAUAAUCUAAAAGGAGAGAUUCCUUCAGAAAUUGGAAAUCUAACUUCUCUGGAUUCCCUUGACCUAUCAAGAAAUGAUUUGUGUGGUAGAAUUCCUUCAAGUCUGUCCCAAAUUGAUGGGAUUGGUGUGUUAGACUUGUCAUACAACAAUCUUUCUGGAAGAAUCCCAUCAGGAGGACACAUGGAUACCUUUGGAGCCUCUUUCUUUGAAGGAAAUCCUAAUCUGUGUGGUGAGCAACUCAACAAAACUUGUCCAGAAGACAUGACACCAACAAAGCCACAAGAACCAACAACACAUGAUGAUGCAGAUGACAAUUCAGAUUUUUAUGAAGCAUUAUACAUGAGCUUGGGUUUUGGAUUUUUCAUUGGCUUUUGGGGCCUUUUAGGGCCGUUAUUGUUUUGGAGGUGUUGGAGAAUUGCUUAUCUCAGAUUCUUGAACAAAGUAGCAGACUACAUAUAUGUAAUGGUGGCAUUGAAUAUGCGUAGGUUCCACAAUUGACUUGAAGAUUGGCAGAUGCGCUCCUCACUUCUAAUCUGGGAUGGACUCACUGUGGAGUUGCUGCUAGUACCGAUAUACAUGCAGUGUGUUGGAGUUGUUGGAUUAUAUAUUCAAUAAGAUUUUUAAUUUGUAAAAUCUUUCACUUUUUGUCGUCAGACUUAGUUUAUGGUAUUUUAUAUUUCUAGUUAUCAGAAUAAUGUAAUGUAAUGCAGUGAUGUAUGUACCUCUUCAUGG